GGAAGCCGCAGUGCGCAGGCGCGAGCGGUCCGGACCCCGGCGCGCGCGGCGCGCGGUUGAAGCGGGUGUGAGUUUCUGUGUGAGGAGACGCGGCAGCGGGCGACCGGGCGGCUUUCCUGUCAGCCAUGGCAGCCCUACGCUACGCGGGCCUGGACGAUACCGAUAGUGAGGACGAGCUGCCCCCGGGCUGGGAGGAGAGAACCACCAAGGACGGCUGGGUUUACUAUGCCAAUCACACUGAGGAGAAGACUCAAUGGGAACAUCCGAAAACUGGAAAAAGAAAACGAGUAGCAGGAGAUUUGCCAUACGGAUGGGAACAAGAAACCGAUGAGAACGGACAAGUGUUCUUUGUUGACCAUAUAAAUAAAAGAACUACCUACUUGGACCCAAGAUUGGCAUUUACUGUGGACGAUAAUCCGACCAAGCCGACCACCCGGCAGAGGUACGAUGGCAGUACCACCGCCAUGGAAAUUCUCCAGGGCCGGGAUUUCACAGGCAAGGUGGUCGUGGUCACCGGAGCUAAUUCAGGAAUAGGGUUUGAAACCGCCAAGUCUUUUGCCCUCCAUGGUGCACACGUGAUCUUGGCCUGUAGGAAUAUGGCAAGGGCCAAUGAAGCAGUGUCACGCAUUUUAGAAGAAUGGCAUAAAGCCAAGGUAGAAGCAAUGACCCUGGACCUCGCUCUGCUCCGUAGCGUGCAGCAUUUUGCUGAAGCGUUCAAGGCCAAGAAUGUGUCUCUUCAUGUGCUCGUGUGCAAUGCAGCAGCUUUUGCUCUCCCUUGGAGCCUGACAAAAGAUGGCCUGGAGACCACCUUCCAGGUGAAUCACCUGGGGCAUUUCUACCUCGUCCAGCUCCUGCAGGAUGUUUUGUGCCGCUCAGCCCCUGCCCGUGUCAUUGUGGUCUCCUCGGAGUCCCAUAGAUUUACAGAUAUUAACGAUUCCUCAGGAAAAUUGGACUUUGGUCGCCUUUCUCCAUCAAAAAAUGACUAUUGGGCCAUGCUGGCUUACAACAGGUCCAAACUCUGCAACGUCCUCUUCUCCAAUGAGCUGCACCGUCGCCUCUCCCCACGCGGGGUCACGUCCAACGCAGUGCAUCCUGGAAAUAUGAUGUACUCCUCCAUUCAUCGCAACUGGUGGGUGUACACGCUGCUGUUUACCUUGGCCAGGCCUUUCACCAAGUCCAUGCAACAGGGAGCUGCCACCACUGUCUACUGCGCUGCCGCCCCAGAACUCGAGGGUCUGGGAGGGAUGUAUUUCAACAACUGCUGCCGCUGCAUGCCCUCGCCAGAAGCUCAGAGCGAGGAGACGGCCCGGGCCCUGUGGGCGCUCAGCGAGAGGCUGAUCCAAGAGCGACUUGGCAGCCAGUCCAGCUAGGGGGGCUCGCGAGGAUGGGCGCACACACCCGCCCCGUGUGCGUGCACACGCGCUCGCCCAACUGCCAGCACUGGGCCCCUUCCAGCUGUAUUAUCCAGGGGGUUUCCGUGUCCCUCCAACACGGAUCCGCAAGAGUAAAGGAAACAAGAGCAGUCACAACAGAGUGAAGAAUGUUAAGUACCAACGGGAAGCAGGGAAUUCCAGGGGUAAAGGGACAGGAUCGCUUUUCUGGGGCUGGGUUAGGCAUAGGUCCUUUUGCUUUUUGGUGGUGGCCUGUUUGAAAGCGAAAGCUUGGUGGGUACGUGGGUUCCUUCUCUCCCUGUAGAGGCACAAGCAAUUCUCUCUGUCUCGCUGUUAAGAAUAACUCAGUGUCCCCUUGUCCUACCCAGCUACCACCACGGCCACCACUGUAGCCAGGGGCUGGCUUUCUCCUAUUUAGGGAAGAAAAAGCAAUUCUCCUCCAUCCUUGCAGCAUUGAUCCAGGAGGUAAUUGUUUCAUUCAUCCUGACCAAGUCUGAGCCGGCAACGACUGGGGAGAGAAAUCUCAGAACCUUGUCCCAGCCGGCCGGGAUGGCGGUGACACUCGGAGGUGCAGUGGCGUAGGCAGAGCUGCUGGGUGGCAGAAGGACUGGUCAUCGAGUCCCUUGCCAAAAGCGGUACAAAAAAUUCUUUUGAGAUUAAAACGAAUUUUGCAAAUCAUUCCCUAGAUACCUUUGACAGGCAAGAAAGGAAGCGUUCUUCCUUAAGAACACACAGGAUGCUCUUGGGGUGGGUUUCCCUUCAUUCGUCAUUUACAGUUUCAGUUCUCCUGUGUCUCCACUCUGCUCAAAUGUCCUUCUGUCCCUCCCAUCCUAUGCUUAAUAAAAGAACAUGCUUAAAUAU